UAAAGUAAGUUCUUCUGAGGACAGUCAGCAGCUUGUUAAUACUUCUGUUAGCAUUAAGAGAUCACCAGAGCCAUAAAUCAGCGAGCAUGUUUGGCUGUAGUAUCCUGGGAGUGUCUCUGGUGCUGUGUCUCUCUCCCAUGGUGUCUCUGGAACCCUGCACCUCUGGGGGAACACCUGGUAUGCCUGGCAUCCCUGGCCCCCCAGGAUACGAUGGCAGGAAUGGGCUGAAGGGGGAAAAGGGCAAUCCAGGGACGGCCAUGCAAUCAGGGCUUGCCAUGGGACAGAAGGGGCAGAAAGGGGACCCUGGUUUUAAGGGGAAACCCGGAAAGAUUGGCAAGAGUGGAAUACCAGGCCUCCCUGGUGUGCCAGGCCCGGUUGGACCGCGAGGGGACCCAGCAGAGGCUGAGCAUGCUGAUUCUGCCCUGGUGUCCGCCUUCAGCAUCCGGCGUGCCACCGCUGUCAAGCCCGAGAGAGGCAUCCCCGUGCGUUUCACAUCGGUCAUCACCAACAUCAAUGACCACUACGACACUGAAACGGGCAAAUUUGGCUGCCAGAUUUCAGGCACGUACUACUUUGUGUACCAUGCAUCCUCCUCUCUGAAGACUCUUUGUGUCAGCAUCAUGCUAGAUGGGCAAAGGCUGGCAGCCUUCUGUGAUCACAUGGUAAACACUCACACUCAGCAGAUGAGCUCAGGUGGGCUCGCUGUGUACGUAAGGAAAGGGCAGCACGUGUGGCUGGAGACCGACCACAACAAUGGAAUGUACGCAAUGGAGGGAAAGGGAGACAGUGUAUUUUCAGGCUUCUUGGUCUACGCACAUUGAGUUAGUUGGUCUCUCAACUAUCUUCUUUUGGUGACUUGUGGGGAAGUGACAGCAAAAACUAAAAUCAAAAAAGAGCUGUUACAUGUAAUGUGCAAUUUGAUUAUUUUCUUGAAUAUAUGCAAAUAAAUUCACUGUACAGCAACAUGUCAA